AACAGAAGUUUCUCACCUAGGAAUGCGAGGGGCGCUCCCUCAUCGCCUGCAUAUCUCCACCUCUGCGCAGGAGAAGGGCCGAAGCUGCUCUCUCUACCUCUCCUACUGCUCGCUGCAAACGAGGGGGAAGCUGCUGAGAGCCCCUAACACUGCUAGCCUUUUAAUGUUGUAUGCAAGGAGGAAGAGGGCGAGGGAUAACUUGGAGCUGGGCGACUGACCUCCGACCCGAAAGGCCUCUGGGGAGGGAGGGCAAAAGAGGAGCGCCUGGGCUGGGGGACUUGAUGCGGGGGCCAUGGACAGGGCGGCGCUCCUGGGACUGGCCCGCCUGUGCGCGCUGUGGGCUGCCCUGCUAGUGCUGUUCCCCUGCGGAGCCCAGGGAAACUGGAUGUGGUUGGGCAUUGCCUCCUUCGGGGUUCCGGAGAAGCUGGGCUGUGCCAACUUGCCUCUGAACAGCCGCCAGAAGGAGCUGUGCAAGAGGAAACCGUACCUGCUGCCGAGCAUCCGAGAGGGCGCCCGGCUGGGCAUUCAGGAGUGCAGGAGCCAGUUCAGACACGAGAGAUGGAACUGCAUGAUCACCGCGGCCUCCACCACCGUCCCGAUGGGCGCCAGCCCCCUCUUCGGCUACGAGCUGAGCAGCGGCACCAAAGAGACAGCAUUUAUUUAUGCUGUGAUGGCUGCAGGCCUGGUGCAUUCUGUGACCAGAUCAUGCAGUGCAGGCAACAUGACAGAGUGUUCCUGUGACACCACCUUGCAGAACGGCGGCUCAGCAAGUGAAGGCUGGCACUGGGGGGGCUGCUCCGAUGAUGUCCAGUAUGGCAUGUGGUUCAGCAGAAAGUUCCUAGAUUUCCCCAUCAAAAACGCCACGGGCAAAGAAAACAAAGUACUAUUAGCAAUGAACCUACAUAACAAUGAAGCUGGAAGGCAGGCUGUCGCCAAGCUGAUGUCAGUAGACUGCCGCUGCCACGGAGUUUCCGGCUCUUGUGCUGUGAAAACAUGCUGGAAAACCAUGUCUUCUUUUGAAAAGAUUGGCCAUUUGUUGAAGGAUAAAUAUGAAAACAGUAUCCAGAUAUCAGACAAAAUAAAGAGGAAAAUGCGCAGGAGAGAAAAAGAUCAGAGGAAAAUACCAAUCCACAAAGAUGAUCUGCUCUAUGUUAAUAAAUCUCCCAACUACUGUGUAGAAGAUAAGAAACUGGGAAUCCCAGGGACACAAGGCAGAGAAUGCAACCGUACUUCAGGGGGUGCAGACGGCUGCAACCUCCUCUGCUGUGGCCGAGGCUACAACACACAUGUGGUCAGGCAUGUGGAGAGGUGUGAGUGUAAGUUCAUCUGGUGCUGCUAUGUCCGUUGCAGGAGGUGUGAAAGCAUGACUGAUGUCCACACGUGCAAGUAACCACUCCAUCCAGCAUUGGGCAAGACGCCUCAGCAAUAUACAAUGUCAUUGCAGCCAGGGGGUGCCUCUCCCUGUGCAGUGCUAGUAAAGUUGACUCUUACAGUGAAAUCCCCAGAACCUUGGACCUCUCUGAGAGUUUCCUUUACUUGAUAGCAUAUUUUUCUUUGCCAGAUCAACCCAUUGAUCAUGUGGAUUUCUUGAGAUUCUAACAUUAAAAAGGUUUAUAUUCAUCUUUUGGUGAUUUGGGGACUAUAUAUUGACAAAUAAGGAAGACAAUCUGUUUCCUAAGCAAGAAAUAACAGGAAAGAUCCCUCAUGCCAGGAGGCCUGCCAUACUCAGUAUAAGAUCCUUGAAUAUGGAACUUAGUUACAGGACUCAAUAAUGGAGGGUGAUCAUUACUCAUUUUUAAAAGACACCUCUUAUAGCAACAAGGAGACGUUAACACGAAUCUCAUUUAUUCUGUCAAUAUUUUAAUUGAAGAGAUUAUACUGUUUGGGCAUAGACAGAAGAUGUUGAAAAGUUAACAUAAGCAGUGGGUGCUGACUUAUCCCUUCAUGAACUUCCAAAGAAAGGUAAUCAAAAAAAGAACCUUCCUAAGUGAUCCCUAAAAAAUCCUUGUUACAGAUGUUUAGUGACAAAGAAUCAAUAUGUAAAAAGAAAAUGGAUGAUUUAGAUUUUAAGUGCCUUUAAACUGAGAGAAUCUAGAAAAAGUUCCAUAGGUAUAUAGCCGUCUUUCAUCUUUAGAUUCAUACUUUUAUCACAGACCAGUUUCCACUGUUAAAAACCCACCUCUGAGAUACUAGGGGGGAGAAUCCUGAAACAUGCGAGAAAAGUAGAGGCAAAAAGUAGAGGUAAAAAUAUAAUUUCAUACAUUGUAAAGAAAAAGCACCCUUUAAAUGUGUAAAGACAGUAUUUUGUAAAGUACUUUGUUUAAAAUGUUUCUAUUUUGUAAAUACAGUAUUUAAGUUAUAUAAUCUAUAUUAAAACUUAAAACAUUUGACAAAGCCCAAGAGCUAAGGCAGUAAAAUUAUCUCAUAAAUAAGUUUAACUUUUUUUUUUCAUACUAGUAACACUAUUUUUUUUUUUUGGACACAAAAGAGAAUUUAAUUUAGCAGUUAGUUAUAUGGAGGUGUUUCUUGCUAAAAUAACAGUUUUACAUGUUAUAGAUUAAAAUAAGCUGCAAAAUAUGAAAAAUUGUGUUAUUUCAGCAGUCAGAUUAAUUGAAUUCUCUUUUCACAUUAGUUAUGCUUAACUCAUAAGGUUAUAAUAAAUUAUAUAGUAAAAGUCUUAACUGGAAAAAAGAAUCUAAAUCGGAAUAGUGAUCAAUUUAUGGAUUUGAUAUCCUGGUUAUUUAUUAUAUUUUAUAUAAUGCUGCAUUUUUAUUUGAAUGUUGAGUGGUCUUUCUUGUUUUAAUAUUCAUGCAUGUAUAUUCAUCAUAUUUUACAAGGUUCCUGGUAAAAAUUACAGGGCUCUAUUUAAGGUUGUAUUUUAAUGUAAAUGCUUAUUUUUUUUUAUGAAUUGUUAAAUAUUUCAGUAUUAUAUAGAAAAAACAGAAUUUCUAAAUUCAGAAUGGAAAAAAAGGGAAUAUUCAUUUUCAUAUUAAUAAGACAAAGAAAUGUUUCCCGGUCCCACAGUCUUCAUUCUAUUUCCCUUUAAUUUCACUCACUGAGGCAGAGGAAUAAUUUUUGGAAAAAAGCACACCCAUGGAAAAUGUCUCAGGUCUAAUAUUAAAAUCAAGGCUAAGCAUUUAACUGUGACUCCUAAAGUUUGACAAAGUUAUAAUUUACUAAAUGAGAGACACAGAAAUGGCAAAUAUAAAUAUAGUGCAUAUUUAAAAGUGGUUUUCCAUUCUUUAACACCCAUUGAAUAGAAGAAUCUGAAAA